UAAUUUUUUUAAUAAUAAUUUUUAAUUAGGUUUCCAGGAUGGGAGCUUACAAGUACAUUCAGGAAUUGUAUAGGAAGAAACAAAGCGAUGUUCUCAGGUUUCUUCUUAGAGUUCGAGUGUGGCAAUAUCGUCAGUUGACAAAACUCCACCGUACCCCACGUCCCAGCCGUCCUGACAAAGCUAGAAGGUUGGGAUAUAGAGCUAAACAAGGUUUUGUCAUUUUCCGUAUCCGUGUACGACGUGGUGGUCGUAAACGUCCUGUUCCGAAAGGAGCCACCUAUGGUAAACCUAAGAGUCACGGAGUAAAUGAAUUAAAACCUGUCCGUAACUUGCAAGCUAUUGCUGAGGAACGUGUGGGAAGAAGAUGUGGUGGAUUGAGAGUUCUUAACUCAUACUGGGUUGCUCAGGACUCUUCUUAUAAAUAUUUUGAAGUUAUUCUGGUUGACCCAUCACAUAACGCAAUUCGUCGUGAUCCUAAAGUUAAUUGGAUAGUGAAUGCUGUCCACAAACACCGUGAACUACGUGGUAAAACGUCUGCAGGAAAGUCUUCACGUGGUUUGGGCAAGGGACACAGAUAUUCCCAAACAAAGGGUGGUUCCAGACGAGCUGCCUGGCUCAGACGAAACUCUCUGCAAUUGCGCAGAAAACGAUAAGUUAUGUUUUACUUUUUUGAUAAAUAUUAAAUACUACAUCUGAGCUUA